CCCCCCCUCCCCAUUCAGCUCCAUUCUGACCCAUAUCCCCAUGCAGAAGGAUGUGGGGCUGAUGGCCGGGGCUGCAGCCUUUCCAGCUCUAACAGCACAAUCAUGAGGAGCGACUCUUUGGGGCUGCGUUGUGACCCCCCCGGCCCAAUCCGCCCCUCAUCACCCAGAGCUCCAGAAGCAGCAGAGAAGCUCCCAGUGGUACAACAGCUUCCAGAAGCUUCACCUUCACCCUGUGCCCUCGGGCCUUGUUUUAAUGGAGGCGCUUGUGCUCCUGCACCCAACUCUGCUGCUGGUUACAGCUGUCGCUGCCCCCCCGGAUUCCAUGGGUCCAACUGUGAGCGUCGGGCUGACCGCUGUGCCAGCAGGAUCUGCCUGCACGGUGGCCAUUGCCUGGAUCUGGGUCACAGCGUCAUCUGCAAAUGCCACCCGGGUUUUUCAGGCUCCCGCUGCGAACACAACGUUGACGAUUGUAACCCCAACCCUUGUGCCAACGGCGGCACCUGCGUGGACGGCACCAACAGCUUCAGCUGCUCCUGCACGUUGGGUUACGCUGGGGUCGAUUGCAGGCAACGAGCUGAUGCUUGUGCCUCGGGGCCUUGUCUGCACGGCGCCACCUGCUACACUCACUUCUCAGGCCACGUUUGUGCCUGUCCACCCGGUUACAUGGGGCCGCGCUGUGAGGAGGAGGUUGGGGUGGGGGGCUCCUCUGCCCCCCAACGUCAGCCCCCGGCUCCUUUGGCUCUUGCUUGUGCCCUCCCCAUUGCCCUGUUAGGACCUGGGUUGGGUUUGGUCUUGGCAGCUCGAGGGUGGAGGAGGCGGCCGGAGGGUGAGAGGGUGUGA